AUGCGGAACGGCUUCCGCUGCCCCUCCACCUUCAACCCGGCCGACUUCUUCAUCCACAAGCUGGCCGUGCUCCCGGGACACCACGAGUCCCGGUCCCGCGCCUCCGUGAAGCGCAUCUGCGACUCCUUCCUCGCGUCCCGACACGGCAAGGAGAUCGACUCGACGAUCGCCUUCUGCUCCGACCUGGCUCAGUCCGACUCUCUCGACUCCGGCGUCUACGAUGACGAUCCCAUCACAAAACCCAGAAGGAAGGCCAGAUGGGGCGUGCAGGUCCGAUCGCUACUCAAGAGGUCCUUGAUCGAAUCCGCCCGGAACCCGGCCGUCAAUCAGAUGAGGACCGUUCAGAAGAUCGUGCUGGCGAUCCUCCUGGGCCUGGUGUUCGCCGACGUCCAGGUGAACCAGAAGGGUAUCCAGGACAUCGGCGGCGCGAUCUUCGCGUUCGUCACGGAGAACUCCUUCCCGUCGAUGUACGGGGUCCUCAACGUCUUCCCGUCGGAGCUUCCCGUGAUCCUCCGGGAGCACCAGGGCGGGCUCUUCCGGGUUGACGCGUACUACAUCGCCAAGAUGAUCUCCCUCGUACGCGAGCUC